UUCUCUGAGUGUGGAGCCACUUUAACGAAAGUGUGGACACUAUUCAACUGUUACCUUUGCACGGGGAUAAUCCGAGCGCGCGUGCAAGCUCAUUAAACCACCUGGGUGGACCCCGCGUGAGACUUCUAGAGGCUUUCAGUGAGGCUCGUGCCUGGAGUUGGGACCGCUAAACAUCCCCGUCCGAGAGGGGAAGCCAGGAGAGGGGAGACGGGGGAGAGAGGACACGAGCGGAAGGGAGGCGAAAAUCACAUACAACCCGAGCUGUACACACGGGUGACUCUGUUUUGGGCGUGCAAAAAGGCGCCAAACAAAGUCACAUUAAAUGGAUACAUGUAAACAUUGAUUUUUGCCCCUUGGACAUCUUUCCGGUGCGUUGUUUGGACUGUGUGGAGCGAGGGUUAACCCGGCGUUGAGGAAAGACUGCUCUGUUUUCUUCAUUGUUUGAUAUGGAAAUUACGGGAAGUUCAUGUUUUUGACUGCAUUGGAAACGUUAAAUGCAAAUGCAGUAGGUAGGUAGUUGACUCGGGGCUUUCUGUUCGUCAACUACUGUUCUCCCUACAUUGUAGGCUGUGCUGUUUGCUUCUCUGAAAUGUGAGCCACUAGUGAAGUCGAUACAUGACAAACCGCUGUACCCAGCUGUUUCAUUAGUCACUACUGUAACCCUCCACUCUCGCCUUUUUAGAUUGGAUAUGCAAAGCAAACUUUUUAAGAAUGAAGAGGAGAAAAUUCCCAUAGCACAUCUCUUUUGUCUGGUCACAUUCGCUGAACUGGAUUAUUAUUUUUCCCAAGCCUUCAUUUUCAUGUUGUGGAGACAGGAGAGCUGACAUGUGUCUGGAAUGGGGAUAUAGUGCGGUGACAAACAGUUGCGAAAUAGCCUGAUUUAUAGAGCUAUAGAUAGUGAAUGAUUAAAAAACCCGGUGCAGGUAGGGGAGCCGACAGUAGUGCCUGCUUGUUCGCUGUGAGUGACCGCUCUCAGCCUGCUGUGAACCCGCUGGAGGACUCGGUUACUUUGAGUGGAGUCUCCGGAGCCGCUAUGGAGGAGUGGAGACAAUGCGGGCGGUGGUUGAUAGACUGCAAGGUCCUGCCCCCGAACCACCGGGUCGUGUGGCCCUCGGCGGCCGUCUUCGACUUGGCACAGGCCCUGCGAGACGGGGUGCUGCUGUGCCAGAUGUUGCACAACCUCUCCCCUGGAUCAGUGGACCUGAAGGAGAUCAAUUUCAGACCCCAGAUGUCACAGUUCCUGUGUUUGAAGAAUAUCCGGACGUUCCUCAAGGUGUGCCACGACAAGUUUGGCCUGCGCAACAGUGAGCUGUUCGACCCCUUCGACCUCUUCGAUGUCAGGGACUUUGGCAAGGUAAUCUCCGCUCUAUCGAGGAUCUCCCACCACAGCAUUGCACAAAUCAAAGGCAUCAGGCCUUUUCCAUCGGAGGACACCGCUCUGAAUGAAGAUGAUGUGUACCGGAGCCUUGAAGAGCUGGCCGAUGAGCAUGACUUGGGUGAGGAUGACAUCUACGACUGUGUUCCGUGUGAUGACGACGGGGACGACAUCUAUGAGGACAUCAUUAAGGUGGAAGUACGACAACCCAUGAAAAUGGGCAUGACAGAAGAAGACAAAAGAAAUUGCUGCUUAGUAGAGAUCCAGGAGACCGAAGCAAAGUACUACAAGACUCUAGAGGACAUCGAGAAGAAUUACAUGAUCCCGUUGAAGCAAGUGUUGAGUCCACAGGAAAUGGAGGCUAUCUUUGUCAAUCUUGAGGAUGUAAUCAAAGUCCACUUCGCCCUCCUACGAGGCAUCGACCUGAACAUGGUGAGCGGAGGAAGCGGCCUGGGGAAGAUCUUCCUCGACUUCAAAGAAAGGUUGUUGAUCUACGGUCAGUACUGCAGCCACAUGGAGAACGCACAGAAGACACUGGAUGAGCUAAUAGCGACACGAGAGGACGUCAAGAUUAAAGUAGAGGAAUGUACUAUGAAAGUGCAGGAAGGGAAGUUCAAGCUGCAGGAUCUGCUGGUGGUUCCCAUGCAGAGGGUGCUGAAGUAUCACCUACUACUGAAGGAGCUGUUGAGUCACUCGGCAGACCGACCAGAGAGACAACAACUGAAGGAGGCUCUGGAGGCGAUGCAGGACCUUGCCAUGUACAUCAACGAAGUCAAGAGGGAUAACGAGACGCUGAAGAAAAUCAGCGAGUUCCAAAGUUCAAUAGAGAAUCUUCAGCAGGUGAAACUGGUGGAGUACGGGAGGCCAAAGAUAGACGGAGAGCUGAAGGUGUGCUCUAUCGUCAACCGAACGAAACAGGACCGGUACAUAUUCCUGUUUGAUAAAGUGGUCAUUGUCUGCAAGAGGAAAGGCUACAGCUAUGAGCUCAAAGAGAUUAUUGAAUUGCAGUCAUAUAAAAUGUCUGAUGACCCCAUGAACAACAGAGACAUGAAAAAGUCCAGUGGAAAAAUGUGGUCGUACGGUUUCUACCUGAUCCACCUGCAAGGGAAGCAGGGUUUCCAGUUCUUCUGUAAAACAGAGGAGACAAAGAGGAAGUGGAUGGAGCAGUUUGAAAUGGCCAUGUCCAACAUCAAGCCAGAGAGAGCCACAGCCAAUCAGCACAACUUUCAGAUGCACACAUUUGAUAAGAACACCAACUGUCGAGCCUGCAGGAUGCUCCUGAGGGGCAUCUUCUACCAGGGGUACUACUGCUCUCACUGUGGAACAGGAGCACACAAAGAGUGUCUGGAAAUCAUCUCCAUCUGUAAAAUAAAUCCUCUUGACUUGGAUCCUGGAUUAUCAUCAGGCCCCAAGAUGGUGGCAGUGAGGAACUACCACGGCACCCCAGCGCCCCCGGGGAAGACGCCGCUCUGUUUUCAAACUGGAGAUUUUAUCGAGCUACUGAAGGGAGAUCCUGACACCCCGUGGUGGGAGGGAAAACUGAUACAAACAGUAAAGAGCGGCUUCUUCCCCAAUUCUUGUGUAAAGCCAUGUUUGGACCCAAAGCCUUUCCAGUCAUUAUCCACCCGGCAGUGCUCAAGGGAAUCAGACUACUAUGGAUAUCCUUGGUUUGCGGGGAACAUGGAGCGCCAGCAGGCCGAUAACCUUUUGAAAUCCCACAUCAGCGGGACCUACCUUAUCAGAGAGAGGACGGCGGAGGCAGAGAGGUUCGCCAUCAGCAUCAAAUUCAAUGAUGAAGUGAAACACAUCAAAGUCAUUGAAAAGGACAGCUGGAUUCACAUCACUGAGGCCAAGAAAUUUGAGAGUCUUUUGGAGCUGGUGGAGUACUAUCAGGCACAUUCACUGAAGGAGAGCUUUAAGUUGUUAGACACCACCCUGCGAUACCCGUACAAGUCGAGAGAACGCUCGCUCACACGGGCCAGCACGCGCUCACCAGCAGCCACCUGCGCCUCCUACAACUUCUCCUUCCUCAGUCCGCAGGGCCUCAACUUCUCCUCUCAGAGCUCAGCUCCCUUUUGGUCAGUGUUCACUCCCCGGGUGGUCAGCACAGCAGUGGCAAGGUAUAAUUUCGCAGCAAGAGACAUGAGAGAGCUUUCGCUGCGGGAGGGAGACAUCGUCAAAAUCUACAGCAAGAUCGGAGGAGACCAGGGCUGGUGGAAAGGAGAGGCCAACGGACGAAUCGGAUGGUUUCCCUCAACGUACGUGGACGAAGAAGGAGGGCAGUAAUGCUGGGAUGAUUACCGGCGCUCUUAAAUCAGGAACCAUCAUCGCUCUGCUGUUCUCAGAGAAAUCACUCACUCUCUCCAGGAAAUAACACAAGGGAAAAAAAAAACUUUUGCUGUUGUUUCUUUUGCUGGAUACCCAAUCCAAGUGUUUUUACCGCAUUUCUCAAUCUUCAAUUAUGCAUCUGCUUUGCUUAUGUUUGUACAUUUGUCAUUUCUUAUUUUAGCAGGAUGUUUAAUCUCUGUACAGGAAAGAAGAAGCAGAAAGUGUCAGCCUGGAUCUAUGAGCUGAGGACACGGCAGGAUAGCUUUACUUUGAAAAGGCUCCCCUUGGUUGCAGGUCUACGCCAGGUGAAAUAAUUGUACAGUAUAGAUAAUUUAUUGAAUAGAGAUUAUUAUCAUUACUAAUGAUUAUUGUGGGGGAUUUUAGCUGAAGCAAUGAAACUAAAAUAAGGGGGGGAGAAAAAGACAGAUGCUCUGUGUUCAUGUGGAGAGAUUUUUGCCUUAGUUGUCAUGGUGAUGCCUUGUGGGCUGACACCAGUGGAGGGAAUUGUUGACUGGUUUUACUUCUCCAUGUAUGCAUGAGCCCACACACACACUCAGACCAAUGUACAGUACGGUGCCUUUGAAGAAUGGUCCAUGCUUACUGAACCACAAACAGACAGUUCAUCCACAGCCAGAGGACUGCUGAUCGGGGGUGGGGGGGGGGUGUUCUGCGGCACUUACUAGGGGAUGGCAAGCCCUCGGAGCCCUGGAAAACGAGACGGUGAAACAUUUACCUUAUCCUAACCGUGACUGGAUGGACUCAGAAAGGUUUUUAUAGCCAUCAACACACACACUGUUCAAUGGGUGAAACCAACUGGAUGCUAAAGGGAACCAUCGAGACAUCCCACUGGACAACCACUUCACACUGAUUAUUUUUUGUGUGUGUGCAUAGAUUAUUUUUUAAGAACUUUCUUAUUUGAAGCCAAAUUCAGCCAUGUUUUAAUGUCUGCAUGGAGUCUGUUUUGAUUUUUGUACUUUGCCUUGUUUCUACAGAUGUUCAGGUGUUUUUAAUUUUUCUCGCCUCCCCCUUAAUGUAAAUCAUUUUUCAUGCGUGAAAUAUGGUGCUGUGCAGACUGGUAAAAAUUAAAACUGUCAGAAGAUUUUUAAUCUGAAGGGAAAUGUACGUGUUAAUUAACCUGAAUCCACAGAAGAAGACCUUUUGUGUUUUUCCCAAGGUGCCGUGCUCAGUGUUUCCAUGUACUUCCAUUAAUUAAGGCAUGCUAUGAAUGCAGGUUUUACAGUCAUUCAGACGGCAGUCAACUUUAAACUUUCAUCACUUUCCUGUUGACAGAAGACGAGUCUCUAAUUCUAUUUAUGCUUAUUCAGAUGUUUAUUGGCCCUGUUAGAUUAGAAUAGUUCAAAUUUGUUUACAUUUCAUUUCAGAUACAGAAUAUUGACUGUUUGCAUCUGGCCUUAAUAUCCCCCACCUACACGUUUUCAUAUUGAUGAAUCCUCAGCAGCUUACACUGACAUGUCUUUUCCUAAGUUUGAAAAUGUCACAGAGUGCUAAAAUAAAACCUCCUCUCGUUUUCUUGCUAAAAAACUGAAACAGAGGAAGCAGAGUGCAAACACUGAGCACGGCGGCUCUGGCUCACUAACAGAGCAGAAGGUGCUGGUAUGUUUAGUUUCUAAACUUUUGACUGUCUAUGAUGUGUGACAUUAGAAAGGUCGACCUCCCCCCCCCCAAAAAAAAAUCACUAAGUCCUACCACUGUGUGAGGGGGGGGACACACACAGGAAGCCUCCAUGUUGUCUAAGUAAAGGGGGGGGAUCUAGUCGCUGUUUAUAUGGUGGACAAAAUCCCAUUGCAUGUGGCUAUUGAUAUUUCAACUCCUGUCCAUACGUCCUGGAAAAAAAUAAGUGCUUAAUCGUGUACAUUUUUUUGAAUGGUUGAGUAUUUCCAAUGAGGUCUAUCAUGAAAUAAAUAUUUCUCUUUGGUUUAAA